GAAGACACCGACAACGGACAGCGAUGUCCCACCAAAUGGGACGGUUGGAUGUGCUGGGACUCUGCCAAAAGCGGAACCACGAGUUGGAGGACGUGUCCGGAUAUGUCUCACUCGGUGUUGGGAUAUAUGCCGACGGAAUGCAGCAAAGAGUUGUCGAGCAAAUCGUGUCGCGGGAACGGCUCGUGGGCUACCAUUUGGAACCCAAUCGACGAAAACCAUCGGAACCGCGGUUUCUAUGAACAGGAGUUCACGGAUUACAUCACGUGCUCCACUCCGGGAGCGACGGAGCGGCUGCGGGAGACCCACACCGCGAUCGCCAUCUUUUUCAUUUCGCUCGUAUUCUCCAUCAUCGGGGCCUCGGUUUUCAUAUUUUACAAGCUAUACACCAAACUUCGUGUCCAAAUUCAUCUCAAUUUCCUGUUGUCACUGAUCCUGACCUGUCUUUUCUCUAUUCUCUUCUAUUUUCUCGUUCGAGAAAAACAUUAUAAACUCCAGUCAAUGAUUGAUGAGAAUCCUCACUGGUGCAAAGCACUGGUAGUUCUGCACAAAGGCGCCCGUUUAGCCAACUUUUGUUGGAUGUUGAAUGAGGGCUAUUAUUUGCAUCGUUUAAUUGUGGCCGCAUUUCGGGAACAAAGUCGUACUCUUUAUUAUUAUCUCUUCGGAUGGGGAACACCCGUCCUUAUUAUGGUCCCCUAUGUCAUCGUCCACUCUAUGGAUGAAUAUGACAACAGUUGUUGGACUAAGUCUAUGCUCUAUCCGGAACUCCUGUAUAAUCUGUUGCCAUUGAUUUGCAUUGUCUUAAACGCUAUUUUGUUGGCAAAUGUGGUGCGAGUUUUGAUGACUAAAUUGAGGGCAUCUCCCGACCAUUUCAAGGCUGGCCUCAGAGCGUCCAUAGUAUUACUGCCCAUAUUUGGCAUUCAAUACACCUUUUAUGUGGUGCCCAUCGACCCAUUCGAGUCCUGUGGCACCGGUAUAUUUGUGGCCCGAUAUGUGCAGAUAGUCAUAGAAGCACUUCAGGGCGCUAUCGUUAGCACUAUAUUCUGUUUCCUUAAUGGAGAGGUUAGGCCUACCAAAUAUUUUCAUUUCUAG